AGUUGGUUGCUAACAAUGAAACAAAUCGCAUAUGUGUUAAUCUUCAUGGCAUUGGCUGCAAUGGCCUCAUCAAUGGCCAUUCAAAAAUGGCGUAACAGUGAGGAUGGAAGUUUGUUUUACAUUGACACCGAAGCCAAGUACAACUGGUAUGGAGCCUGGAAUGAGUGUGUUCGCAAAAAUAUGUCCUUGAUUGCCAUUGACAGCUAUUACAAACAUCAACAGAUUGACUCGCUGCUCCGAAAGCUUUUUCCUACUUGCCCCUCAUUUUGGAUUGGUGGUCAUGACAAUGCCAUUGAUUUGCGCUAUGAAUGGGCCAGCACUGGGGAAGUCUUUACAUUCACAAAUUGGGGCACCUCGCAGCCCGAUCGUUCGGGAAACAAGGAGCACUGUAUUUUGAUUUGGCAAAAUACUUGGGAAUGGUAUGACUUGCCAUGUGAACAUAAAUUGGGUUUUAUAUGCGAGGAAAAUCGUUAUAUAAAAGAACACAUCAAGGAUAAAGAAGUAGAGCGUUGCAGUCACAAAUGAAAACUGUUAUCUAAACUGUCGAAACUCCACAUUUUAAUUUUCGUAACUUUUGUUUGAAAUUUUUUUAAAUUUUUAAUAAACGUAUUGCCUAUAUUUUGGACCAAAAUUGUGGCUUCUACAGCCUUAAAAAGCCAAA